AUGUCUGAAAGUGCACAUGAUCAACAAAUUAUAGCUGAGUUUGUCUCAAUUACCAAUUCAUCAACUUACCUUGCGGAACAAUAUUUACUGAGAAACAAUGGUGAUUUGGUUGAAGCCGUAGAAGACUUUUAUGCCAACAACGAGCCAACACAACAAACAUCAUCAGGUCAAAAUCACCAAUCACAAUCGACUUCAUCUCGAGCCAGAGGAUCAGGAAUUAGAACAUUUAGAGAUUUGAAUAAUGAAGACGAUGAUUCUGAAGAUGAUAAAACAAAUACCAACUUUUUCACUGGUGGAGAAAAAUCCGGAUUACAAGUUGAAGAUCCAAAUAAGGACAAGAAGAAUGACCGUUCUAUAAUUGAUCAAAUUUUUCAAAAGGCAAGAGAACAAAUGCAACAACCUGAUGAUAGACCAAGUGCUAGACAUGAAAAUGAUGAUGAACAAUCAGGUUUAAAAUUCUCGGGAAAGGGAUUCAAAUUAGGUGAUGGAAAUGAACCAAGUCAAAUUGUUGAAGAUCCAAAUGAUAAUGCUCAGAGAUUUAGACCAAGUAAGGUCAAUAGAGAAAUUACCUUUUGGAAGCAAGGCUUCACUGUUGGAGAUGGUCCAUUGCACAGAUAUGAUGAUCCUAGCAAUGCAACUGUAUUACAAGAAUUAAAUCAAGGAAGAGUUCCGAUGUCGAUAUUAGAUGUUGAGUUUGGUCAAGAUGUUGAUGUUUCUGUGUUUAAAAAAACUGAUGAAGAUUGGACCCCACCAAAAAGAAAAAUCGGCGGUUAUCAUGGAUCAGGUCAUAGAUUAGGAAGUCCAGUUCCUGGAGAGCCACUUGUUAAAGAAUCUACACCAGUCCAACCACAAACUGAAGUAACAGACAAUGGCAAGCCAAAAGAAGACCAAGGUGAAGGUGAUGCAACUGUUCAAAUAAGAUUUGCAAGUGGGAAAAGAACAUCACAUAAGUUCAACUCUACCGAUUCCAUUGUUAAAGUUUAUGAUUUUGUUAAAACUCAUGAACUUAAUAAUGAACCUGGUAGAGAAUUCACCUUAAGUCAUGCAUUCCCAGUCAAACCAAUAGAAGAAAGUGAAGAUGUUACUGUAGCUGAUGCUAAAUUGAAGAAUGCCGUCAUUGUUCAAAGAUGGAAAUAG